AUGGCUGGUGGGACUAAUAGUCGUGGUCGUGGCGGUGGUGGUGCUGAAGAUAUCAGUGUUUCUGGAGACGGUCUUGGUUUGCGUUCUUUGGCAAAGGUGACCCACCUUGCAGUUCCAGGAUCGACAGAGACCUCUCCAUCUAUUACAGAAUAUUCGUAUCGAAAUGACAACAUUGGUGAAACGAAGACAGAGGAUGUGACUAUAGGCUUCCUAGCAGCGUUUUUAUCCUCAGAUUAUAAUAGACACAACUUUCUGCUAUAUUCCUCUCUUUAUACUUUUCUUAACCGAAGAAGAAACUCCUUCCAAGUUAAACUAGGGCGGGUAGCUACCCCAUCCUCGGUCUUCAUUUUACCAACGUUGCCAUUGUGUGUUGAUCCUAACACAAUUGCUGUUGGUUCAAUUCCAACUUCGGAUAUGACUUCGUUUUCGAUAACCUCACCAAGAAGCCCUUCAGCUAUGUCUUUGUUAUAA